GCAAGUCGAACUCUCCAUUUUGACCAUCAUGGCGGACGAUGGCACGAUCCCAGUCGAGCCGCGAGUGCUGUCGAUUCAAUCUCAUGUCGUGCACGGUUACGUCGGCAACCGAAGCGCGGUGUUCCCGAUGCAGCUUCUGGGCCUGGAAGUGGACGUCCUCAACACGGUGCACUUCAGCAACCACACAGGGUACAAGAAGUUCCGCGGAGAACGCAUGACUAGCGAGCAGCUGGAGAACGUCGUUGCCGGUCUGGAAGAGAACGAUCUGCUGCAUUACACGCACCUCUUGACGGGAUACGUGGGCAACCCGGCGCUUUUGCGCGCGAUCACGAACACGCUGCGCAAGUUGCGACGCCAAAACCCUUCCUCGUUGUACGUGUGCGAUCCUGUCAUGGGCGACGACGGCAAGCUGUAUGUGCCGCCAGAGUUGGUGGACAUUUACCGCGACGAAGUGCUGCCGUUGGCCGACAUCAUCACCCCCAACCAAUUCGAAUGCGAACUCUUGUCUGGCAUGACGCUCACGUCCGACGCCGACGCCAUCGCCGCCUGCCGCAAGUUGCAUGCGCUGGGGCCGCGCAUUGUCGUUGUCAGCAGCUUCACGCCGCCCGAGGAGCCCCAUCGGUUGUGGCUGUAUGCGAGCCAAGCGGUCGGCCAGGGGCUGUCGAACACGUUCAAGAUGGAAGUUCCGCGGCUGCCAGCGUAUUACUCGGGCACAGGCGACUUGUUUGCGGCGCUGCUCUUGUCGUGGCUCACAAGGCAUCCGUCCAAUCUAAAACUCGCGCUGGAAACCGUGGUCGCCACCGUCCAGGCCGUCAUGCGACGAACGAACGACGCGCAAUCCGCCAAUCGCGAACUCAAACUCAUUCAAAGCCGGCGCGACAUUGAAUUCCCCACGAUUGUCCUCACGGCGCAAUUGAUCGACGGGCCCAUCACGCACGUGUUGUGGGAUGCGCGGCACUUGGCGGCCCACCAACCAGAAGGAGCGGCGGCGCUCGUCGCUGCCGGUGUCACAGUUGUGUUCUUGACCGACGACAAGGACCACGUUGCCAUCAAAGCGUCCACGUUGUCGCAUAUCCGCCGCCAGUUGGUCUCGUCGUUGGACGCGGCUUCGUUUGCGUGGGCAGAUGUGUGUGCAGCAGCGGAGGUCCUGCCAGUGAACGCUGUGCUUUUGACUGGCGUCGAUGGACCCACAGCCAAUGUGUAUCAUGUGGUGCACGACGUCGCCGCCGCCGCCGCGAAAAUCAUCCACCCCACACGUCCAACUACUAGUACAUAGUAGUAGUAGUACUAGUAGUAG